ACCGGCGGGAGGGGGCGGAGCCGGCGCACGGCAGCCUUCUCCGCUGCGGCCGCCUGCGCUGCGGCCGGAAACAAUAGUGGAGGAGCCUGGGCCGCGCGGAUCCGCGGCGGCGCGCGAAGCCGGACGGGGCACUAUGAACGAAGAGGAGCAGUUUGUAAGCAUUGAUUUGAAUGAUGACAACAUCUGCAGUGUUUGUAAACUGGGAACAGACAAAGAAACACUCUCCUUCUGCCACGUUUGUUUUGAGCUAAAUAUUGAUGGAAUACCAAAAUCUAAUCUCUUGCACACCAAAUCAUUAAGGGGCCAUAAAGACUGCUUUGAAAAAUACCAUUUGAUUGCAAACCAGGAGUGUCCUCGAUCUAAGCUUUCAAAAAGUACUUAUGAAGAAGUUAAAACCAUUUUGAGUAAGAAGAUAAACUGGAUUGUACAAUAUGCACAAAAUAAGGAUCUGGAUUCAGAUUCUGAAUGUUCUAAAAAUCCCCAGCAUCACCUGUUUAAUUUCAGGCAUAAGCCAGAUAAAAAGUUACUCCCACAGUUUGACUCCCAAGUACCAAAGUAUUCUGCAAAGUGGAUAGAUGGAAAUGCAGGUGGCCUCUCAAACUGUACACAAAGAAUAUUGGAACAGAGGGAAAAUACGGACUUUGGGCUUGCUGUGUUACAAGAUUCAGGUGCCACUUUAUGCCACAAUAGUCAAUUGUGGCCUCAUAGUCACAACGAGGAACAGAAAAAAGAAGAGACAGUCUCUAGUCCAGAGGCUAAUGUCCAAACCCAGCAUCCACAUUACAGCAGAGAAGAAUUGAAUUCGAUGACUCUUGGUGAGGUAAAGCAACUGAAUGCAGAGCUCCGACAACAAAUACAGGGGGACAUGGGUUCGAGCCCUGGUCCGGAAAGAUCCCACAUGCCACAGAGCAGCUAAGCCCGUGCGCCACAACUACUGAGCCUGCACUCUAGAGCCCGCAAGCCACAACUACUGAGCCCACGAGCCACAACUACUGAAGCCCGUGCGCCUAGAGCCGCACUCCGCAACGAGAAGCCACUGCAAUGAGAAGCCCGAGCACUGCAACGAAGCGCUCACCGCAACUAGAGAAAGCCCGCGCACAGCAACGAAGACCCAAAAACAAAUAAAUAAAUUUAUUAAAAAAAAAAAAAAAAACAUAGUUUAAGUUACUUGCCUGAGACUCGUGAGAGUCAGAACAAGGAUUCAAAACUCCGGUAGUCUGAUUCCAAAGCCUCUUAGGGAGGGUUCCAGACCUGGGUAUUAGUGGGUACUUUACUGUCCAUAAGUCAUAUUAGAAAUUGAUUGAACCUGUUUAUCUGUUCAGAUUGAGCCAAGUAUCUCAGAGGUAGUUGUAACUGCCAUUUCUGCUAUGCAUCUCUAAGUCAUUGCUUGACUCUCAAGUUUCAUUUGAUGGAGAAAAGAAAAACAGUAUUCCAGUUGGCUAUGCAAAGCAUACAACUUCCUAGGAUGAUCAAAACACAACCGUUUCCUUGGUUUCAAACUACUUUCAUUGCAAACAUUUGCCCAGUGCAUUCAUUUUAAUUAAAGUACUUGAAAUAUAAAUCAUAGAUUAGCUUUCUGUGUACUAAAAAUGGAACUACUUUUUAAAUCUUUACAGAAGUUUUUGAAGAGUUAGCCCACCAAGUGCAAGAAAAAGAUUCUUUGGCCUCAGAGCUCCAUGUCCGCCACAUUGCCAUCGAACAGCUUCUCAAGAACUAUUCCAAGUUACCGUGUCUGCAAAUGGGACGAACGGGAAUGAAGUCACACCUACCCAUAAACAACUGAACUCUAAACUUACACGUCCUUCCUAUGGCCUGCCAUUUUUUUGGCCUGCACACUUUGAAGAAGUUGAAGAAAGUUAUGGUCAAUUAUUUUAUGGUCAUUAAAUUUGCAAAACUUAAGGCAGUGUUUAACAUCUUUGUCAAAUAAAGCAGAUCAUUACACUCUAGUCUUCUAGGGUUAAUCAUUUGGGUUCAUUUGGGAAAUCUUUUUUCCCAUAAUUACUAAACAGCCCUCCCUAACUUUUACCACAUGUGACUACUUAAAUAUACUGUUAGAGUGUGACUUUGUUAAACAUGGUUUAAUGUAAUUCACCUGUCAGAACAACAGAAGGUUAACAAAGUUCUUAGGUUAGUCUAAACUACUAAAGAUAACAUUUAAGAGGUAAAUGGAAUUCAUAAUAUCACCUCUUAUUUAUUGAGCAAUAUUUUAAUAUGAAAAUUUUAUAUAUAAAAAUAGUAUUUUAGGUACCUUUUCAUUCUGUUUAUAAAUGUGU